AUGGUUGCCUAUCAGAGAUCAUAUGAGAAGCAGAUCCCAUGUGGCGGAUGGAUCCCAUGGAGUGUUUGUACCAAAACCUAUUAUAAAGAAGAGUACCACCCUGUUAUGGUCCCGGAGACUGUGAAUAUAACAGAUUGCUGUAACGGAUAUGAACAAGUGGGUCUUUAUUGUACCUUACCCCUUAACAGAUCCAGAGAGUUUGCCUCCAGACUUGGUGCCUGUCCAGCAAAGGAAGUGGAAGUAUCAGAUAUUUCAUGUGCAUUGGAUAUAGAUUGUCCAGAACAUAAAAAAUGCUGUGAGACAACCAAAGGAAUGGGUUGUGCAGAUCCUGUACCAGAAGAGCAAAGAGUGACAAAAUAUUGGUAUAACGUGUCAGUCCUGGUGAAAAUGGAUUUUCAUGAAUUAAGCAGACUGGAUCCAAGGCUUCUGAAUCAUUCACGACUUUUGCAUUCUAUGAUUACCGGAGCAUUAUGGUCUUUAAAUGUCUCAGUGUACCAUAUCAAGACUACUCAGGCAAAAACCUAUGCAGAGACAGUAGCUUCUCAGGUCAUGAUUGGGCUGGAGCAACUGGUUUCACUAGCAAACCUCACCUCUUUGUUGAAGGAUAUCGUGAUGCGAGUAUACGAAGUUAUUGAUAUAGUUGUACAAGAGUCUGAUCCAGGCUUACUGCAUGUUCUGCUUAAAAAUAAAAAUCGUUCUGUUUUGGUGGCAAAUUCAACAUCUGUAUCACGAAAAGUUGGCAGAUCGCUAGAGUGCUAUCCUCCUGCUAUUAGAAACCUGAGGACCAUCAAUGUUACUAGCAGCAGUUUUGAAAUGUCCUGGAGUGUGGACUCCAUGCAAAAUCAUUCAUUUCACAUAGAAGUGUACAAAGGCAAGGAACUCAUUCAAGCAACAGAAACCACAGACAUGCAAGUAGAUGUGUCCAGUCUGGAAGCAGGUGUAAUGUACACAGUGAAAGUCAGCUAUGAAGCCUGUGACAGAAACAUCUCCUCAUACAGAAAUGUGAAGACAGAUGCCUGGCUAUUUGCACUAACUAUAAGGAUCUUGAACUAUAACCUCACGGACCAGUUGCUCUACAUGAACAGUACAGAAUAUCAAGCAUUUUCCAGUAUUUUGAUGACUGAGAUUAGGCAGUCCUUGCCUGCAAGCAUGGCAGCAUUGCACAGGAUGGGGAAGCUUGGAGUACAGGUGGUCUCCCUCAAAGCUGGCAGUGUCAUCGUGAGGCUCAAAAUCAUCGUGGAUGACCCCGAGUUUCCCAGAGACGUGUCUGCCUUCGAUCCAAUGAUGUCAAUGCUGUAUAAAAGUGUUGCCCUAGUGGUGGACUCAAACAGCUCUGCGGUGGAAGACUGGGACGAAUGUGCCUCAGAGGCAGAGAAUGAUUGCUGUACGCUUGCAGAAUGUACCAAUAUGAUUGGCUCAUACAUGUGCCAAUGCAAAGCAAGCAUGGAUACCAAUCCAUUACGACCUGGGAGGAACUGCGAGGGUGAAAUUGUGGAUCCUGUUACUGAUCCGGUUCUAACCCCUGAAGCCAAUGUCACGGAAGCACAACCUGUGACAGGUGCCCCCUCCCUGUCAAUGGCAGGAAUAAGUGCAGUGACUUCAUCUGCUUCCAGGUCUACUCAGAAGUCUGAUCCAGGUUCACGGAAUGUUCUGCUUAAAAAUGGAAAUUCUUCUGUGUUGGUGACGAAUUCAACAUCUGUAUCACGAAAAGUUGGCAGAUCGCUAGAGUGCGAUCCUCCUGUUAUUAGAAACCUGAGGACCAUCAAUGUUACUAGCAGCAGUUUUGAAAUGUCCUGGAGUGUGGACUCCAUGCAAAAUCAUUCAUUUCACAUAGAAGUGUACAAAGGCAAGGAACUCAUUCAAGCAACAGAAACCACAGACAUGCAAGUAGAUGUGUCCAGUCUGGAAGCAGGUGUAAUGUACACAGUGAAAGUCAGCUAUGAAGCCUGUGACAGAAACAUCUCCUCAUACAGAAAUGUGAAGACAGAUGCCUGGCUCUUUGCACUAACUAUAAGGAUCUUGAACUAUAACCUCACGGACCAGUUGCUCUACACCAACAGUACAGAAUAUCAAGCAUUUUCCAGUAUUUUGAUGACUGAGAUUAGGCAGUCCUUGCCUGCAAGCAUGGCAGCAUUGCACAGGAUGGGGAAGCUUGGAGUACAGGUGGUCUCCCUCAAAGCUGGCAGUGUCAUCGUGAGGCUCAAAAUCAUCGUGGAUGACCCCGAGUUUCCCAGAGACGUGUCUGCCUUCGAUCCAAUGAUGUCAAUGCUGUAUAAAAGUGUUGCCCUAGUGGUGGACUCAAACAGCUCUGCGGUGGAAGACUGGGACGAAUGUGCCUCAGAGGCAGAGAAUGAUUGCUGUACGCUUGCACAAUGUACAAAUACAAUUGGCUCAUACAUAUGCCGAUGCAAAACAACCACGGAUGCCAAUCCAUUACGACCUGGGAGGAACUGCGAGGGUGAAAUUGUGGAUCCUGUUACUGAUAUGGUUCCAACCCCUGAAGCCAAUGUCACGGAAGCGCAACCUGUGACAGGUGCCCCCUCCCUGUCAAUGGCAGGGAUAAGCGCAGUGACUUCAUCCGCUUCCAGGUCUACUCAGAGUACAACACUACCCUCAAGUGACACACAACAGCUGAGCCCUAUUCAGACAAACAAAACACUGUCAGCUUCUCAGAAAACAACUGCUUCCGGUCAUGUCUGGAAUAAUAACACACUGAGGAUUGCUGAAACAACAGCUCUGGUGACGGAAGCAUGGGACAAUGUAAAUAUAUCAAGUGGAGACAUACCUGACAGGAGAUCAAGAGCACACAUAGAGCACAACUCAUCAUUGCCCAAAGUUUCAAACAUCACAGAUUAUCCUUUUCUGAGAAAUGGGUCAGUAGAAGAAACAAGCACACCUGCCCUCUUAAUUGACAGAAGUUCUCAGUUAGACCCAUCCUUGAACGUAACACAAUACUCCAAGCGUCAUAUGCUGAACCAGACUCUGGAUGAAGAGGUGAAGAAGGAUAAUAGAUCUUCAGCUGAGGAAAAAUCCUCCACUCUGUUACCUGGCUUUUUUGACGAGCAGAAUAAUAUUUCCUUUGCUGAAGAUUGUGGUGGUUUAACUGUAAUCUCUUUUGUCUUAGUGACCUUUCCAGCUGAAAGAAUAGUUUUUUCUAAUGUAACCAGCACCAGCUUUCAAGUUGGUUGGACCGCAAAUUUUACCCAGAAUCCUGCUUUCCAUUUUCUGCUGCUUGAAGGAAAACGGAUUAUACAAGAGAUUAAAACUCAGAACAACAGCCUGACAAUUUCCAGAUUAGAGCCUGGGAUUUUGUACACUGUUGAAAUUAAGACAGAGGUUUGUGGGAAUAAAAGUGAACUGGUGCAGCGUAAAGUAAAGACAGCUGCCCAGAAAUUUAAUGGAACAGUCAGGAUAUCAAAUAUGAAUUAUUGUUCAGAGCUCAGCAACUCAAGUAGUGAAAAGUACCAAAAUUUUUCACAGUUGUUUCUCAUGGAGGUCCGUACAUCUCUCCCUGCUCACAUUCUUGAGAAAAUGAACACCCAUAUGAUUAAAAUGUCAAUCAUGAGCAUUACUAAUGGGAGUAUAGUAGUAAGCUUCAGCCUCCUUAUUCCAGCAAACAUGGAUGCAAGCAAUGUUUCUCGGUGUUUUCUUGAUGCCCUUCGACACAGUCGCCGUUUCAGGAUUGAUAACAGCAGUCUCUCCAUACAUGAUUAUGAUGAAUGUGAGAGCGAAGAAACCGACUGUUCUUCCAAUGCAUAUUGCAAUAAUAGAUAUGGAUACUAUGAAUGCAUCUGCAAAGAAGGAUUUGUCAACGGAAUGUUCUUUAAGAAGGCAGUUCAAGUGCUCUGUGAGUUUGAAAAAAUAGUCAUCACCAUUCCGAAAGACUUUCUGCGGAAGGGCUCCAUCCCAGAAUCCUCCUUGUACCUGGGAAGUCCUGAAUGCAACACAAAGACCAGCAAUUCCAGUCAUGUCAUACUUCAGACUGGAUGGCAUGAGUGCGCAACCGAAGUACAAAGCAAUACAACACACACUAUAGUAAAAACAAUUCUCCGGAAUGAUAUGCCUUAUGUGGACCCGGGGAUCAUUCACUUCUUAAAGAUUGCCAGUCCAAUUGAUUGUGUGUUUGAGAAUGAACUCUUGACUUCCUCUGGAUACAUUACAGAAGGGUUUUAUACCAUGUCUGAGGAUUUACAUGGAUCAGGACACUUCUUAACAAAAAUGAAGUUGUUCAUUGGAAGGACUCCAAUUCACCAGAAUUUCACAAUUUCUGCUAGUGAUGACAUAAGGAUUGAAGUGGGAAUUCAUACAAGAGAUAAAAAGCUCAAAGUGUUUGUCAGUGAAUGUUGGGCAACACCAACUAAUAAUUCAAAGGAUCCCCUAUCAUUUCCUUUUAUACUUGGCAGCUGUCCAGUUCCAAACACAUAUACCACCAUGAUUGCAAAUGGGUUGUCCAAUAAAGUCUUAUUUAAGCUGAAAAUCUUCUCUUUUGUCAACAAUUCAGUGGCUUAUUUGCACUGCAAAAUCCGUGUUUGUAUGCAAAAUCCUGGGACCAUCUGUAGGAAGAACUGCGAUGGGUACCGUUCGCAGAGGACAGGGCAAAUUAUUUCAGCGCCUGGAACAACUUGGGGACCUUUACGCAGAUUCGUUGAUGAUGUAAAGGAAGAGAAGAAGCCUGGCUUAGGAGUAGGUUAUAUAGUCCUCAUUGUCAUUGGUGUGUUUGUUUUUGUCCUGGGAAUAGUAGGUCUUUUGGUUUGCCGACGCCGACGCAAGUCUAGGUCAUACAACUUCAAAAUCAAAUCUGACAAUUUUAACUACCAACUGUUUUUAUGA